GUCUUCCUCUUCCGUCAGCUAGGGCUUCGAAUCACUUUCUUCCAACCCUUCUUCUCUCGCUUUCGACAUCGGAAUCGCCGGUACAGCGCCUCACCCGGCGACCCAGAUCGGCGGCGAUCGAGGUCUGACGGAGCGAUUUUGGUAGCCCCGCGAGCCUUGCCCUGGAGGGAGUUCGACAGGAGCCCGGGAGCAUGUCUGAGGAGAGGAGGGUCCACCCGGACUGCAGGAACGCGCCGAAUCCGUACCAUGAAUGCAGCGAAUAUUGCUUCGGAAUCAUCGCUGAGGCCAAAGCUCGCGAUAGGAGGGAUUCGGGGUCGUUUUCGAUUCCUUCAGUGAUAUCGAACCGAGUCUAUUUGAUUGCAGAAGUAGCGGAAGCUAGCACAGAGGGCAGCCGAUCCAAGCUACCUUAUCAUGAGGUUGCAGCUUCGCGUGAUGAGACUGAUGAUGCUGAAGAACCUGCUGACGAUGAUUACAAACCACCGGCUGAGGAAAAUUUGGAAGGGGACAUCACUAAACUUACAGGAAGGAAGAAGAAAUUGUUUGAGUUAAGGCUUAAGAUGAAUGAGGCGAGGAAGGCUAAUCAAACUGCAAUGGUGGCUGAAAAUAAAAGGUUGGAAGCUCCAACUGAGUCGAGGGGUAUCUCUAAGCAAAAGUGGCUUGAGGAUAGGAAGAAAAAGAUUGGGAAACUUCUCGAUGCUAAUGGUCUUGAUAUGUCAAAGGCAUAUAUGCUUGAUACGCAGGAGAUGGCUGAGACUAAAUAUAAGAAAUGGGAAAAGGAUCCUGCUCCUUACGGUUGGGAUGUUUUCAACCAGAAGACUCUGUAUGAUGCAUACCAGAAGCGCACAAAGAAUAUAGAUAUUGACUUAGACGAAUAUAACAAAAUGAAAGAAGCUGAUCCCGAGUUCUAUCGUGAAGCUUCAAGUCUUCAAUAUGGCAAGGCACCUAAGGUUUCCGAGGAUAAGAUUGACAAAAUGGUACAGGAACUCAAAGAUCGGGAUGAAAAGCGCAAUUCCUUUAGUAGGAGGAGGAGGUUCCGUGACGAGAAAGAUGUCGACUCUAUCAAUGACCGCAAUGAGCACUUCAACAAGAAGAUUGAACGUGCCUUUGGUAAAUACACUCUUGAGAUUAAAAACAACCUUGAGCGAGGAACUGCUUUGCCUGACUGAGAGGUACUUGAUGGUGGUUGCCUUGGAUUUUCUCCUGGAUCUUAUUCCUAGUGGCAAAAGUGCACUGAAUCGAAGCAAAGAACUUCUGCUGCUUUUCUCUGCUAUUGCAGUCAUAAAUUGUAGGAUUAUCUGGUGUAAAAGAUUCAUUUGUAGAUUACUUUGACUGCAGCUUGCCGUGAAUGGUACGUAGGUUCUGUUCAUAUGAUACAAAAAAGUUGCUCA